UCCGGUUUGUGAUUCAACAAGCCAGGGUCAACAGUAAUACUGGGCCAACUGGAGUUAUUAAAUAAACUUGCUCUACUUAAGUGACUUUUACUGUACUUUUAAGGCCAAUCCGGGUCGAAUGAACACUCUCUUACGGCGAUGGAAGCUACGACAGCUUGCCACUUGGAGAGAUAUUCAUGUUGGGACGCCAGUGGCUACCUUUGACCUGAGGAAAGUUGAAUUAACUCCUCUGGAACAGCGGAAGCUUACUUUUGACUCGCAGGCCAUGGUGACCGAGCUGGCAAGUAGCGGUUUCGAGAAACACCAGGCUGAGCUCAUCGUCUCCGCUCUAGUGACUUUGACAACAGCCAACAUGGACAUUGUUUAUAAAGACAUGGUGACCAAGUCGCACCAGGAAAUUGCCCUGCAGCAGAUCAUGGCCCACCUGGACUCCAUCAGGAAGGACAUGGUGAUCCUGGAGAAGAGCGACUUCGCCAACCUGCGAUCUGAGAACACGAAAAUGAAGCGGGAACUGGAGCAGCUACACAACCGACUGAAGGAGGAGAGUCAGAAGGUGCGAGCGGAAACCAAACUGGACAUCAACCUGGAGAGCAGCCGCGUCUCUGACAUGUUUACAGAGCAGGAGAAGAAGCUGAUGGAGGCAAGUACAGACUUCCAUCAAAAGAAAGCCAGCCUGGAUCACGACAACAUGGAGAUCAGCAAGAAGAUGGACCUGCAGGUGGCUUCGCUCAAAACCGUCCUGGAGUCACUCAAGCUGGAGACCAUCCGUUAUCUCGCAGCAACCGUGUUCUCCUGCCUGGCCAUUGCUCUGGGUGUUUACCGGCUAUGGAGGUGAAGCACUGAAAGUGCGCAUGUCUACAUCACGUCUCACAAAGUGUGACAAAAAAAGUGUUGCUCAAGAUUUUUUUUUUUUAAUUUGAAAUGAAGGCUCCUUUUUACUGACACUUUUAAAUAUUAUGGCAAAAAAUGGGCACAAUAUUGUUGAGAAACUCAUUUGUGUUAAUGUAUGUAAAGUAUGAAGAUAGUUCAUAACUUGAUGUACAUUGUUGCUUAUACAUUUGAAGUUUUUAAGUAAAAAUCUAUAAACUGAAUUUUUAUUUUUAUUUUUACCAGAUCUCAUUAUUUCUGGAUUCUGGUCAUUGUGUUUAUACAUAAAACUACAAAUUUAGAGCCUCUAUUAACACAACACACACAAUGAAAAAAACAAGCUCCACAGAGGUUGAAUGGAGGAAACUGGAUUCUUGACAUUUCACCUUUUGUCCAAAAUAAUUUUUCAGUUGUAAAAUAGGUAUUGCAUUUCCCUAUUGAAGCAUAUGUUCCUGGUGGGGACACGUCAGGGACAUAAACAUCUUGAGUACA